GGGUGGCAGAUCGUGCCCAGCUGUGGGCGUGGAUGGGUGGCAGAUCGUGCCCAGCUGUGGGGCGGCACACACAGCCCCAUUUAAGCCCGCCCGCAGCCCCUCACAUGAUGGCAGUGUGACGGGUCCGGGCACGAGGCAGCGGCGAUGGCGCUGAGCAGAGUCCGCCUGUUCCAGCCCCACGGGGAGGGCACCCGGCUGCUGCCCCAGGCAUCCAGGCUGGUGGAGCUGCCCUACUCCUCCUCUGAUGACGAUGAUGGUGACAUGGCUGAGCAGGACCCCCCCAAACCCUUCAGCCACUGCGUGCGCUACCUGGCCUUCCUCUGGAACCUCCUCUUCCUCCUGCUGGGGCUGCUGACCCUUGCCGUGGGGGUCUGGGGGCUGCUGACCAAGAGCCCCGUGCCCGGGGGGCAGCGUGGGGUGUCCCUGGGCUCGGACCCCAUGCUGCUGUUGGUGCUGGCGGGGCUGGGGGCCAGCACCGUGUCCCUGGCCGGCUGCCUGGGCGCCCUGCGAGCCAGCCCCUGCCUGCUGCGCUUCUUCCUGGGCGCCGUGCUGGCUUUUGGGGGGCUGCAGCUGCUGGGGGGGCUCCUGCUGCUGCUGCUGUGGCGGCAGCUGCGGGGCGCGCUGCGGGACCUGCUGCUGCUCUGCCUCCUGCGCUACCAGGAGGAUCCCGACCUGCAGUUCCUGGUGGAUGAGGUGCAGCAGAGCCUCCGGUGCUGCGGCCUCGAGUCCUACCGCGACUGGGAGAGCAACCCGUACUUCAACUGCAGCGCCCCGGGCGUGCAGGCGUGUGGCGUGCCAGCCUCCUGCUGCCGGGCCCCGCUGCAGGACGGCGCCGUGCCCAACGCCCAGUGCGGGUUCGGGGCGCUGGCGCUGGGUGAGGCGGCGGCCGGGGCCCUGCUGCACUCGGGGGGCUGUGGGGCCGCGUUGGCCGCAUGGCUGCGGGGCCAGGCCGGGGCCAUCGCCGCCGGGGCCACCACCCUGGUGCUGCUGGAGGCCGUGGGAGCCCUCAUGGCUCUGAGGGUGCUCGGGGAGGUCACGGCCGUGAGGGUGUGGCAGUGAGGGCACCGUGGGGAUUGGGAUAUGCAGGGAGUGGGUUUGGGCCCAAAUAAACUUUGUUAUAAAUACC